UAAAUGUACAGAUAUUUUUUUUCAAUUUCUUGUACAAAUUUAAUGUUCCUAGUCUGCUCGUCAUUCGCCAUUGCAGCAGCAACCAUGGCCCUAGCGCCCGGAGGCACAGAAGACUCUCAGCGAAUUCACAGUGCAACUGAUCGCCACACGACCAGCAUAGCCAGUUGCUCGGUGAUCAGUUGUAUGCAACAGCAGUUUCAGUCGCCUCGAUGUGAGGGGUUCUAAAGAAACCAAUGUGUUAGUCGCAAUGCAAUUGGUUGCGGCGUCAUAAACAACUGGUUUCACGCAACUGGUUGCGUCGGUGUGCGAGCAGCCUUACUCUAGACCAGCUAAAGCUCCCCCAAGUUAACUAGAUACAAUGUUUUACAGAAGUAGUCUGGUUAUUUGGUAUGAUACAUUUAUCCCUUGUCAUAUAAUUAUUUACCUCCAGGUGAUUAGUUUGCUGCUAGUUAAUCACUGUCUUAGAGUGUGGUGGCUGCCAGGUGUGUGCGACGUCAAGCAGGUGUUCAAAGCUCCACUGGUUGGUGGGAAUCACUAGACUCAUUUAUUAUUCUGCUCACAGCUUGUGUGUUCAUCUAUUGUUUUGUUUUGUUUUCGGUAUGAUGUCGCAUGCCGGCGACACGUCUGCCUCCCCACAGCCUUGCUGCCCAUGGAAACCGGCCUGCGGGAUAUACUCAAGUCAUGGCAAGAGAUGUGCAAUGAAAUUUCUAUGAAGUCAUAUGAUUACCUGGACUACCGGGACCACCACUUUGACUCUGACCUGGAGGUGUUUGCGGCCAGUGUGAGGGAGCUGCUGCGCCGCAUCCACAUAAUGGUGGAGAAGGAACACGAGGAGAUCUGGGAGACACCCAUGGCCUAUAAGAUGCUGGCUAGGUUUGAGAAGAUUGCUACUGUGGUGCCUCAGCUGGAUGUAGAGGGUAAAUAUAAGAGGAUCUUGGCAAGAUACCACCAGGAGAUAGAGAAAGUCUCGCGCAUUUAUUGCCGUCAGUGUGAAAGUCCACCACAGCUCCGAGGUCUCCCUCCUGUAGCUGGAAAGAUUCAGUGGGCUCGCAGUCUUUUCCUUCACCUGGAAGAACCAAUGAUGUUCUUCAAGGAUCACCCAAUGCUACUGAAAAUGCCAGAGGGAAAGGAGGCAGUAAAGAAAUAUAAUCGUAUUGGAAGAACACUGGUACAAUAUGAGUUGGCAUAUUAUGAUGCCUGGAGGAAACAGAGUAUGAAUGACAUCCAAAAGUCACUUCGAUGCACACUAGUGGUGCGGCGGCCAGACACUGAGGAGCUGUAUGUCAAUUGGGACCCAAGAAUCUCAACACUGCUGCAUGAAGCCACCAAGAUCCAGCAGCUGGGCUUUGAUGUACCAUACAUGACACAGCUCCUCCUCAACAGAGCACCACUACUACUCAAGAAAAGAGACAUAGUCAAGCACCUGCUGAAUGAACACACCCGAGUGUUGGACAAAGUUAGCAAGAGUCUAACCCCCCUGCUGGUCCCACAUGUCACCAGACUGAAGGAGGCACUGAAUCCUCUCCUCAUCAGCCUCACCUGGUCUUCCAUCCAGGCACACAGCUACUUUGACCAGGCAUUCCAGGCUGUCAGAACCUUUGAGGUGCUUAUUGACAGAGUGAAUGACAUCUUCCACCACCGCAUGGAGGGUGUGCUGGCAGCCAUGUCCAGUGUGAGACUGUAUGUACUGCCUGACACAUCACCCUGGACACUGGAUCUGUUUGUGCACAAUACUUGGCUCACCUGCUGUCAAGCUGCUCAAGAGCUCAAUAGCCGGAGUCGUGUAGUGGAGGACGCAGUGCUGGAGCUGAUAGAGCUGGUGUUGAUGGGAGUGGAGGGUGGUGGGGCAGGUGACCAGGGCAGUUACAGUUUCCUUACUGCUGAUGAUCUCGAUGAUGCCACAGACUUGGAUGACUCUCGCUCAGUGUCAUCGGGAGGAGGGUCGUCACGCCGCAGCCCUGUGCCCACAGCAGAGGGGCCCUUUGCUGCCACACUGGAGCUCCCCUCAAAGAGCCUCACACCACAGGAGAAGGUUGCUAGAAAGAAAAGAGAGAUGAGGGAAAAGGUGGAGUCAGCAGCCCGUGAUCUUCGUCGGACUUACCACAGGCGAGUGUUGGAUGUGCUGAUCAGAUCUGUACGUGGUGCCCUCGACUCCAUCCGCCGCCACACCUCAGUCACCUCUCCCCGUGGUAAAGGUGAUGCAACAGGGCGUGGACAUGGCCCAGUGCAUGCAGAGAGCCAAGGGGUGGCACUGGUGGAGCUGAGUGCCUCUCUGGUGUCUCCUGGUGUGCAGGUUACCCCAAGUCUAAUGGAGGUGCAGGAAGCCAUCAGUAAGGUGGCCAAGAUCAUAUUAUCAACAGCAAAGGGUGUGUCCCAGUGGGUGCGCUGCCGCAAGGAGGAUGUGGGUGAGCCUGUCAAAAGGACCGAAGGAACAGUUGGAUCUCGUCGGGGAUGGAAGAUCAGAGAGGAGAUACUGGAGGUGCCAGGCAUGCCCAAGAACUACUAUACACAUGUCUAUGAGAGCAAGGAUGUCUCCAAGAUCAUGAGUCAGAUGGUUAACUCCUUCCAGUCCACUAAAAAUGAACUACACAACACCUUCAGUGCCUGGGAUAAGUACCAUCAUCUGUGGCGUGUUGACAAGGAAAUGGCCAUACGGGAGUUUAUUGCAAGCACCCCAACCCUGCAGGACUAUGACAGGACUCUCAGGAGCUAUGUGUUGCUUGACAGACAGAUCAAGAGUGAACCAACUUGCUAUCGUGUUGGGGCACUGGCUAUAAACACAGAUCAGCUGAAGAAGGCACUGGUGAUGGAGGCUGGUCUGUGGGUGGAGAAGUAUGGUGAGGCACUCAAGACAACCUACCUGAAGGAGAUGGAGAGGCUCUUUGCACAGUUGACUGAGCUAUCACGGCGCCUGGAGCGACCUCUAAAAGAUCUUGAUGACAUUAAAGGUGCCAUUGACAUUUUGCGCAAGACACGUGACCUUGAGCUGGACAUGGAUGACGCCAUUGAUCCCAUUGAGGAAUCAUUUGGUCUGCUGGUGAAGUAUGAGUUGGGAUUGAGUCAGGAAGAGGCUGAGCGUGUGGACAACCUACGCUUCACUUGGCAAAAGGUGUUGGCACAGGCUGUGGAGGUGCAGAACCUGCUGUCCCGUGUACAACCGUACUUCAGGAAUGAGUUGAUUCAUAAUGUGGCUCAGUUCAAGAAGGAUUGCAACAAGUUUGUACAUGACUACCGCACAACAGGCCCCAUGGUGCCGGGUUUGGACCCCCGUGAUGCCUCAGACAGACUCAUCAUUUCCCAAAAUCGGUUUGAUACUUUGUGGAGGAAGCAUUCCAGCUAUUCAGUCGGGGAGGAGCUGUUCCGUCUGCCUCGCUCAGAGUUCCCAGAGUUGGCACAAAUCCGCAAAGAACUUAACCUCCUGCAGAAGCUCUACAAACUAUAUAAUGACGUCAUUGACCGUGUGACAUCCUACUAUGACAUCCCAUGGGGUGAAGUCAACAUUGAGGAGAUCAAUAAUGAGCUCUUGGAAUUCCAGAACAGAUGCCGCAAACUCCCCAAGGGACUCAAGGAGUGGCCUGCCUUUAACACACUCAAGAAAACAAUUGAUGACUUCAAUGACAUGUGCCCACUUCUUGAGCUCAUGUCCAAUAAGGCCAUGAAGCCUCGCCACUGGCAGCGCAUUGCUGAGGUGAUUAGCCGACCCUUGGAGGUGGACAGUGAGAACUUCUGUCUCAGGAAUAUCAUGGAUACUCCUCUCCUGCAAUUCAAGGAGGACAUUGAAGAUAUUUGUAUUUCUGCUGUCAAGGAGAAGGACAUUGAGGCCAAGCUAAGGAUAGUCACUAAUGAAUGGGCCAACCAUGACCUCACGUUCUCCACCUUCAAGAACCGUGGGGAGCUGCUGCUCAGAGGAGACACCACGGCUGAGGUCAUCACCCAGCUGGAGGAUUCCCUCAUGGUGCUGGGCUCUCUCCUCUCUAACAGGUACAAUGCACCUUUCCGAAAGCAAAUCCAGAAGUGGGUGAGUGACUUGUCCAACACUAACGAGAUCCUGGAGCGGUGGCUGUUUGUGCAGAAUCUGUGGGUGUAUCUGGAGGCUGUGUUUGUGGGUGGAGACAUAGCCAAGCAGCUGCCCAAGGAGGCCAAGAGGUUCUAUGUUAUUGAUAAAAACUGGCAGAAGAUCAUGGCACGUGCACAUGACAAUUCCAAUGUGGUGACAUGCUGUGUGGGAGAUGACAUGCUGAAGCAGCUGUUGCCUUACCUGCAGGACCAGCUGGAGGUGUGCCAGAAGAGUCUCUCAGGAUACUUGGAGAAAAAGAGAAUGAUGUUUCCACGGUUCUUCUUUGUGUCGGAUCCUGCUUUGCUUGAGAUCUUGGGUCAAGCCUCAGACUCCCAUACCAUCCAGGCUCACUUGCUCUCCAUCUUUGACAAUACCAAGAUGGUCCGCUUCCAUGAACAAGACUAUGACCGCAUCACUGCCAUCUCCUCAUCAGAGGGAGAAAUUGUGCAGAUGGAGAAGCCUGUGCGUGCUGAGGGAAGUGUGGAGGUUUGGCUGAUGAAGUUGCUGUUGAUGUCUCAGCAGUCGGUGCAUGGCAUCAUCAGGCAGGCCCAUCAUGUCAUUCAAGACCCUGACCUCAAUGUUCUACGCUUCCUGGAACAGUUUCCAGCACAGGUGGGAAUCCUUGGGCUGCAGAUGAUCUGGACAAGAGACUCAGAGAUGGCCCUCACCCAGGCCAGAGCUGAUCGCCGUGUCAUGGCAGACAUGAAUAAUCGCUUCUUGGAUUUACUUAACUUACUCAUCAAUCAGACCACAAGGGACCUGGAGCCUGUGCAGCGUACUAAGUAUGAGACACUGAUCACUAUUCACAUCCAUCAGCGAGACAUCUUUGAUAGCCUGUGUCGUAACAAUGUGCGGUCAGUGAUGGACUUUGACUGGCUGCGGCAGAUCCGUAUUUACUUCAGGGAAGACCUGGAUCGCACCAACAUUACUCUCACGGAUGUCACCUUCCAUUACCAGAAUGAGUUUUUAGGCUGCACUGAGCGGUUGGUUAUCACACCUCUCACUGACAGGUGCUACAUUACCCUGGCCCAGGCACUGAGCAUGAGCAUGGGUGGGUGUCCAACUGGCCCAGCAGGUACAGGCAAGACAGAGACCACAAAGGACAUGGGCAAGACACUUGGCAAGUAUGUAGUUGUCUUCAAUUGUUCAGACCAAAUGGACUACCGUGGCCUUGGCAGAAUUUAUAAGGGUCUGGCACAGUCUGGUUCAUGGGGAUGUUUUGAUGAGUUUAAUCGCAUUGAGCUGCCAGUGCUGUCUGUGGCUGCCCAACAGAUUGCUGUUGUCCACACCUGCAAGAAGGAGCGACGCAAGGCCUUCCACUUCACAGAUGGUGAUGUCAUUCCCAUGAACCCUGAAUUUGGAAUUUUUUUGACCAUGAAUCUGGGCUACCAUGGCCGUCAGGUUUUGCCAGAGAACCUCAAGAUUCAGUUCCGCAAUGUGGCCAUGAUGGUGCCAGACCGGCAGAUCAUCAUCAGGGUGAAGCUGGCCUCUUGUGGCUUUCUUGAGAACAUUACUUUGGCCCGCAAAUUCUUCACAUUGUACAAGCUGUGUGAGGAGCAGUUAACCAAACAGGUGCAUUAUGACUUUGGGUUGAGAAACAUCCUGUCUGUACUGAGGACUCUUGGAGCCUCCAAACGAGCAAACCCUAAAGAUUCAGAGUCCACUAUUGUGAUGCGAGUGUUGCGGGACAUGAACCUCUCCAAGCUGGUGGAUGAAGAUGAGCCACUCUUCAUGUCCCUGAUUGACGACCUGUUUCCAAAUAUGACACAGGAGAAGGGUUACCACAACCAGCUCACCACUGCCAUCGGGGAGGUGGUUAAUGAGCUUGGCCUUGUCAACCAUCCACCAUGGACACUUAAACUUAUCCAGCUGUAUGAGACUCAGCGGGUGAGGCAUGGAAUGAUGACUCUUGGACCUAGUGGUGCUGGCAAGACCUCCUGCAUUCAAGUCCUGAUGAAGGCACUCUCCAGAACAGGACUCCCUCACAGAGAACUGAGGAUGAACCCAAAGGCCAUCACCUCAGCCCAGAUGUUUGGCCGUCUGGAUGUGGCCACCAAUGACUGGACAGACGGCAUCUUCUCUACACUCUGGCGUAAGACACUGAAGGCUAAAAAAGGGGAACAUGUGUGGCUGGUGCUGGAUGGUCCUGUUGAUGCCAUAUGGAUUGAGAAUCUCAACUCAGUCCUGGAUGACAACCGCACUUUGACACUUGCUAAUGGGGAUCGUAUCCCUAUGUCUCCCACCUGCAAGGUCAUCUUUGAACCCUCCAACAUUGACAAUGCUUCCCCAGCCACUGUCUCUAGGAAUGGCAUGGUAUACAUGAGCUCAUCAGGGUUGGACUGGCAGCCUUUGCUUCAGGCUUGGCUAAGAACACGGCCCCACCAUGAACAAGGAGUCCUCACUGAGCUUUUCUCCAAAACUUUUCCUUCACUCUUCACAUGGGCGAAGCAGAAUGUGCGCUUCUGUUUGCCAGUAUUGGAGGUCAACAUCAUUACUCAGGCACUUGGCCUCCUGGAGGGUCAGCUGCCCAAUGGAGAUGAUGUGGAGGAUGACACCUAUCUGCAGCGGCGGCGGAGACGUUCUUCAGUGUGGGGACGCACCAGGACACCAGAUGACACCACCAACACCCUCACCCCCACCGACACACCUCGCUCCCUCGUUGAUGAAGAUGAGGAUGAUGAUGAAGCAAACUCGGCAAGCAAGGUGCUGGAAGGCCUGCUGCCUGAUGAAACAGUGCCCCAACACCACCACAGCCGUCGGAAUCAUGACCCAGACACUGAAGAAAUACAGCCAACACAGCAAGCACCCAUCCAGGAGCACAUCCACCGCCUGUUUGUGUUUGCCAUGAUGUGGAGUGUGGGUGCCCUGCUGGAGCUGGUGGACCGGGCUUGCCUCGAGGAUCACAUGAAGAGCAAACACUCUCAUCUAGACCUACCUGAGUGCACCAGAGGACCUAAUGACUCCAUCUUUGACUACCGUGUUGAUGAGAAUGGGUGGUGGCAACACUGGGAGACACGUGUGAGUGAAUUUGUGUACCCAGAAGCUGGCACUCCUGACUAUACCUCCUUCUUGGUACCAAAUGUUGACAAUGUCAGGAUGGACUUCCUCAUCCACAUCAUUGCCCAGCAGGGAAAGGGUGUAUUGCUAAUAGGUGAACCAGGUUCUGCCAAGACAGUCACCAUCAAUGCCUUCAUGAAAAAAUAUAAUCCAGAGGAUCACUUAUGUCGCAACUUCAAUUUCUCCUCAGCCUCAACACCACUUUAUUUUCAGCGUACGAUUGAGAGCUAUGUUGACAAGAGGAUGGGCAGCACAUAUGGACCUCCAGCAGGGAAGAAGAUGACUGUCUUUAUUGAUGAUCUCAACAUGCCACACAUCAACAGCUGGGGAGAUCAGCCAACCAAUGAAAUAGUCCGACAAACCAUGGAGAUGGGAGGUUUCUACAGCCUGGAGAAGCCUGGAGACUUUGUGAACAUUGUGGAUCUACAGUUUGUGGCAGCAAUGGGACAUCCUGGUGGAGGUCGCAAUGAUAUUCCAUCUCGUCUUAAGCGUCACUUCUGUAUCUACAACUCCACCAUUCCCUCGGAGACUUCCAUCAACAAGAUAUUUGGAGUUAUCGCAAGGGGCCACUUCAGCACCAAGCGAGGGUUUAACAGUGAAGUGCGUGCAAUGGUGGACCUGCUGGUACCCCUCACACGACGCCUAUGGGCACACACCAAGAAUAAGCUGCUGCCAACCCCUGCAAAGUUCCAUUAUGUCUUCAACCUCCGGGACUUGUCUCGCAUCUGGCAAGGAAUGUUGGGAGCAACACCUAAUGUGGUGAUCUCCACUGACACCCUCCUGUCCCUGUGGCGACAUGAGUGUUGCCGGGUUAUUGCAGACAGGUUCACUUCACCUAAAGAUGUCAAAUGGUUUGAAGAGUCCCUGGUGAACCUGGCACAGCAAGAUCUGGGUCCUCAGGUCACCAAGAAGAUUGCCCAUACAAGCUUCUUUGUUGACUUCCUCAGGGAUGCCCCUGAGCCUACCGGAGAUGAGGGUGAGGACAUGGACAUGGAGAUGCCUAAGGUGUAUGAGCCCAUCCCCUCAUUCUCUGCCUUGGAGGACCGCUUGCAGAUGUUCCUCUCACAGUACAAUGAGAUGGUGCGAGGGGCUGGCAUGGACCUUGUGUUCUUCACUGAUGCCAUGAUCCAUCUCACCAGGAUAUCCCGGAUCAUCCGCAACCCUGGAGGCAACGCCCUGUUGGUGGGUGUGGGAGGCUCAGGCAAGCAGUCACUUACCAAACUUGCCUCUUUCAUUGCUGGAUACAAGACAUUCCAGAUUGCUCUCACUAGAUCAUACAACACGGCCAAUCUGCUGGAGGACUUGAAGGUGCUAUACCGGACCUGUGGAAUCCAGGGCAAGGGUACCACCUUCAUUUUCACUGACCAGGAGGUGAAGGAGGAAGCCUUCCUUGAAUACCUCAACAAUGUGCUCUCCUCAGGGAUGAUCAGCAACCUCUUCAACCGAGACGAGCAGAGUGAGAUUGUGAGUGAGCUGAUCCCUGUCAUGAAGCGGGAACACCCACGCCGACCACCAACCCCAGAGAAUGUGAUGGACUUCUUCCUCACACGCACCCGCCAGAACCUGCAUGUGGUUCUCUGCUUCUCACCUGUUGGGGAAAAAUUCCGCACCCGUGCCAUGAAGUUUCCAGGCCUGAUCAGUGGAUGCACCAUAGACUGGUUCCAGCCGUGGCCCAAGGAGGCACUGGUGGCUGUGGCUCAACACUUCUUGGAAGACUACAAGAUCAUUAGCACUGCAGAGGUGAAGACCAGCUUAGUGAAAGGCAUGGGGACCAUUCAUGAUCAUGUGGCACAACUUUGCAGCGACUAUUUCCAGAGGUACAGACGGGCAGCCCAUGUCACUCCCAAGUCCUUCCUCUCAUUCAUCAGCAUCUACAAGAAAAUCUAUAAUGAAAAGCGUGAAGAAAUAGGAGAAUCUGCCACCAGGAUGACCUCAGGCUUGGAUAAAUUGCAGGAGGCUUCUGUGGCAGUGGAGCGGAUGAGGGAAGAACUCUCCGUCAUGGAAGCAGAGCUGGCAAUUGCCUCUGAGAAAGCACAUAAGAUACUGGAAGAGGUGACCCGACGUGCUGAGGAGGCUGAGACCAUCAAGGAAGGUGUGGAGAAGGUGCGGGACAAGGCCCAGGCACUUGUCAAUGACAUUGCAAAGGACAAGUCCCUGGCAGAGGAAAAACUAGAAGCUGCUCGACCUGCACUGGAAGAGGCUGAGGCUGCUCUCAACACCAUAAAGCCAGCUCACAUAGCCACCAUUCGUAAGCUGGGCCGGCCACCACAUCUCAUCAUGCGCAUCAUGGACUGUGUGCUGCUGCUCUUCCAAAGACACCUGCAGCCAGUGAAACCUGAUCCCAUUGCUGCCUGCCCCAAGCCCUCCUGGUCUGACAGCCUAAAGAUGAUGGCCAGCACAACCUUCCUUCUGUCACUGCAAAACUUCCCCAAGGACACAAUCAAUGAUGAGGUUGUGGAGCUGCUGGAGCCGUACUUUGACAUGGAGGACUAUGACAUGGACACAGCCAAGCGAGUAUGUGGAGAUGUGGCCGGCCUUCUCUCUUGGACACGGGCCAUGGCUGUCUUCUUUGGUGUCAACAAGGAAGUCCUGCCACUCAAGUCCAAUCUAGCACUUCAGGAGGCCCGGCUGCGGUUGGCCAUGGGGGACCUGGAGCAGGCACAGGCUGAGCUAGAUGACAAGCAGAGGGAGCUGGAUGUGGUGCGUGGGCAGUACCAAGCAGCAUUAGCGGAGAAACAGAAGCUCAUCGAUGCUGCUAAUGUGUGCCGCAGGAAGAUGCAAGCAGCAGCCACCCUCAUUAACGGACUGGCAGGAGAGAAGGUGCGCUGGACCAAACAGAGCAAGUCCCUGAGACAACAACUUGGCAGGUUGGUAGGAGACGUGCUGCUCACCACUGCUUUCCUGUCCUACGCGGGCCCCUUCAACCAGGAGUACCGCACUAAGAUGAUUAAGAUGUGGCGCUCCCUCUUCCACUCCCGCAGCAUCCCCUACACCACUGACCUGGACAUCACUAACUGGCUCAUUGACAAUGCCACAGUCUCAGAGUGGAACCUUCAAGGGCUUCCAAAUGAUGAGCUCAGCAUUCAGAAUGGUCUCAUAGUGAGCAAGGCAUCAUGCUACCCUCUCCUGAUUGAUCCACAAGGACAAGGCAAGAUAUGGAUCAAGAACAGGGAGGCAAUGAAUGAGCUGCAGAUCACUUCUCUGAAUCAUAAGUACUUCCGGACUCAUCUGGAAGACUCACUUUCUUUGGGUCGGCCACUGCUCAUUGAAGAUGUGGAGGAAGAGUUGGAUCCUGUCCUUGACAAUCUUCUGGAUAGGAACUUUAUUAAGUCUGGCUCCAUCUUAAAGGUGGUUGUGGGAGACAAGGAGUGUGAUGUCAUGCCUGGCUUCAUGCUAUACAUCACCACAAAAUUACCCAAUCCUGCCUACACCCCAGAGGUCUCAGCCAAGACUGCCAUUAUUGAUUUUACUGUUACAGUGCAUGGCCUGGAGGACCAACUGUUAGGUCGGGUCAUCCGGACAGAGAAGAGUGACCUAGAAAGUGAGCGUGUGGCACUCAUUGAGGAAGUCAUGGACAACAAGCGAAGGAUGAAGGAGCUGGAGGAUAACCUUCUUUUCCGCCUUACAUCAGUACAGGGUUCACUGGUGGAUGAUGAGGACCUGAUCAUGGUGCUGCAUGACACCAAAUCCACUGCCCAGGAUGUGAGUACCAAGCUGCACAUCGCCUCAGAGACAGAACGCAAGAUUAAUGGUGCUCGUGAAGAGUACCGACCAGUGGCCACCCGAGGCUCCAUCCUCUACUUCCUCAUCACAGACAUGGCAGUGGUCUCCUGCAUGUAUCAGACGUCCCUCCGCCAGUUCCUCAUUCUCUUUGACAUGUCCAUGAAUAAAGCCGACCGCAGUAACAACCCCAAGAUAAGGAUUGGCAACAUCAUCCGCUUCCUCACCCUGACAGUGUGGAGGAAUGCCUGUCGUGGCUUCUAUGAGCGCCACAAAUUCCUCUUCACUCUCCUACUGGCCAUGAAGGUGGAUCUCCAGUGUGGCCACAUCUCUCAUGAGGAGUUCAUGAAGUUUAUUAAAGGUGGUGCUUCUCUGGACCUGAAGGCAGUGCAGCCCAAGCCCUUCCGUUGGGUUCUGGACAUCACGUGGCUUAACCUGGUGGAGCUGAGCAAACUUUCGCAGUUCAGCAACAUCCUUGACCAGAUCACUGAAAAUGAGAAGGACUGGCGCCUCUGGUUUGAGAAAGACAAACCAGAGGAGGAGGAGCUGCCAUGUGGGUAUUCACGUUCUCUGGACAUGUUCCGUCAGCUGUUGCUCAUCCGGUCAUGGUGUCCAGACCGUACCCUCUCACAGGCUCGGCGUUACAUUCGGAGUGCAUUGGGGGAGCAGUAUGCAGACAGUGUUAUCCUAGACCUAGAGGCAACGUGGGAAGAGUCAGACAACCGCACGCCUCUCAUUUGCUUCCUCUCUCAAGGAUCAGACCCAUCAGGACAGAUUGAAAUUCUGUCCAAAGCCAAGGAAAUUGAGAUCAGGUUUAUAUCCAUGGGUCAGGGGCAGGAAGCCCAUGCUCGGCGCCUGUUGACUGAGGCCAUGGCUGCUGGCAAGUGGUUGUUGCUGCAAAACUGCCAUCUUAGCUUGGAAUUCUGCCAGGAAAUACUGGACACAGUAACAGAGUCCAGUAAUGUCCACAAAUGUUUCCGUCUUUGGCUCACCACAGAGGUCCACACUGCCUUCCCCAUUGGUCUCCUGCAGAUUUCCAUUAAGUUCACCAACGAACCUCCACAAGGGAUCCGUGCCAGUCUCAAGAGGACAUAUGUUGAUGUGUCACAGGACCUUCUGGACUACUCCAAUGCUCACCAGUGGCCACGACUUCUCUAUGCUACUGCCUUUCUGCACACAGUGGUGCUGGAGCGUAGGAAGUAUGGAGCACUCGGAUGGAAUGUUCCUUAUGAGUUCAACCAGGCAGAUUUCCAGGCAUCAGUCCAGUUUAUCCAGAAUCACCUGGAUGACAUGGACCCUAAAAAGGGUGUGUCAUGGGUGACAAUCUGCUACAUGCUGGGGGAGAUACAGUAUGGUGGCCGUGUGACAGAGGACUUUGACAAGCGCCUUCUUCUGACCUUCCUUCAUGUGUGGUUCAAUGAGCGUCUUCUCACAUCAGACUUCAGGUUUUAUCAAGGCUACGGACUUCCCAUGUGCAAAGGACAAGCAGAGUAUAUCGAAUAUAUCAAUCAGUUACCAGCAACAGACUCUCCAGAAGUGUUUGGCUUGCACCCAAAUGCUGACAUUACGUACCAGAUUAACACAGCCAAGAGCAUCCUUGACACCAUUCUGAGCAUGCAGCCUAAGGAGGGAGGACAGCGUGGUGGGGAGACACGUGAGGCUGUGGUGUCUCAUCUGGCCAAUGACAUGCUUGGCAAGCUUCCUCCUGAUUAUAUCCAACAUGAGAUUAAAGAAGCCCUGCAGAAGAUGGGUGCCAUUCUGCCCAUGAACAUCUUCCUCAGGCAGGAACUUGACCGCAUGCAAAAGGUGCUAAAAGUGGUGCGUCAGAGCCUGCAAGACCUCCUUCUGGCCAUUGAGGGGACCAUAAUCAUGAGUGCCUCCCUCAAAGACAUGCUGGAUGCUAUGUAUGAUGCUCGGGUGCCUGAACACUGGCGAAAGGUGUCAUGGGAGUCCAGCACACUUGGCUUUUGGUUUACGGAGCUGCUGGAGAGAGAUGCACAGUUCCGUCGCUGGUACAUGUAUGGGCGACCCAAGGCAUUCUGGAUCACUGGAUUCUUCAAUCCUCAGGGGUUCCUCACUGCAAUGAGACAGGAGGUGACAAGGCAGCACAAAGGAUGGUCGUUGGACUGUGUGAUCCUGCAGAACCUGGUGACUCGUUUCAACAGAGAAGACAUCCAUGACCCUCCACCAGAAGGAGUGUACAUAUAUGGCCUCUUCCUGGAAGGAGCAUCUUGGGACCGCAAACAGGGCCGCCUCAUGGAGUCCCGGCCUAAGGUACUGUAUGAACCCAUGCCUAUCAUCUACCUGUAUGCAGUGAAUACAACAAGUGGGAAGGAUCCCAACCUGUAUGAGUGUCCAAUAUACAGGAAGCCACUGCGGACAGAUGCCACGUACAUUGGUUCCAUUGACUUGGAGACAACAGAGUAUUUGCCCUCCCACUGGACACUGAGAGGAGUAGCUCUGCUCUGUGAUAUCAAGUAGAGCACCAACUUAUCAAGAGUUAUACAUACUUAUGGACUUUUAUAUGCAUUGAUAUUUAUUAAUUUAUUCACAAUUUGAGCAUUCACUAUGGUCUGAAAAACUGCCAGAUACACCAGCCGACUGAAUUUUACAAAUGAAAUACGGUCAACUGAAAAAAAUCUUUAAGUCAUUUCUUUGUUAUCAAACCAACUAAUAGAAUAUUAUGAACAUAUUUAGCAACCAUCAUCAAGCAGAGAGCAAGUAAUGUGGCAAAAAGAGCUAAAUAUUACACAUAUUAUCUUGGGUUUGGGAUGUAUCAUCACCUUGGGAUGAAUGCUAUUAUUUUCCUCUCUAUAUAAGUUUACUUUAUCCAUUCAAGUUAUAUGAUUAAUAUAAAACUAUAAAUCGUGGCACAUAUGAUAGAAACAAUCAUGUUUUGAUGCCAGAUUUUAGCAGGACACCACUGAAAACUGUCUUUUACAUCGUGUUUACCAGUGUCUUCCCUGAGUUGCUGCUUGUCUGUUUAUGUUGUCUCCCAAUGUCUUCCCUAAGUUGCCGCUUUCUUCUUUGGAAAUACAACCCAUCCUUUCACAGUUUGGUUCUUUUGUGACAUGUUCAUGAAAUCAACCACAGCAUAUGUAUAGACCUGGGUUUGACAACACUGCAAACUCAUAUCUUCCUCAGAUUUUUUUUGAUGUUUUGGAGAAGUCACUGUCUGAUAUCAGCUGGGCCUUUCGUCUUGCCACAGUUUUGGCCAUCACAAUACCCUAGCAGCACAAAUAAUAAUUGCUUGAGUCUUUUGGGGAUUUUUCAGAUAAAUCAUUAGUCCCUAUAGAAACCAGUGGAAAAAAUGUUUGAAACUAAAUAUGUAGUAGGAGACUAAAAAUAAAUAUGAAAACACUGAGAGUCAAGUUGCAAGUAUUUAGCUUAUAAUAGCUGUUCUGUAGAGUGUGCAUCAUCAUUUUCUGUGGAUACUGUUAGCAUAAACAUUUAGGAUUAAUGUUUUGUAACAUAUAGGUACAGCACAUCAAGAUGCAUUAAGAGAGGGAUUUUUAGAAUGUGCUUCUCCAGACAAUUGUAGGAGCAUUGGCCAACCCCUACAUUAAAACAAACAGUGAUCACUGGCAAUUUGACCCCAUAGCAAAUGCCCCAGUUGUUAUUAUUCCCAUUGUGUCAUAAAAGGCAACUAAAAGUGUGGCAGGUAUGAAGACACAAGGGGUCCCUCCUUUAUAUCUUUAUUCCCACAAUGAUAAAAGGCAUGGUAUGUACUGUGAUUUGUUCAAUUAUUAUUAUGUAAUACAUCAACAAUAUUUUUCACACUUCAACUCUUCUGUUUAUCUGUAAUGAAUAUCAUAUACUAUUUUUCUUAUUUCAUUGAAAAAAAAUAUAAAUAAGUGGAGGAUGUUGGCAAGUGACCCUCAAACUUCAUUGUGCAUUGUGGCAGUGAUAAAUAUACACACUUUCAUUAGUAGUAUUUUUGUUCAGAUUGUAAGGUGCAUUAUAGCCAGGGACUAGAGUAGCUGCUGUAAAGUAAAUAUAGAUAUGAAUAUAUUUUCCUAUAGAAAACCUGGACAGUAUUUAGAAUUAUGGGCUGAGAACUGAUCUUGAUCUUGAUGGUACAGGUGGCACAGGAUCACUCCUGAGCCAGGCCUUUGGAUCGGCAACUCCUGUAGAAGGGGAAAAAAAAAAAGAGAAACAAACAGCAUCCUCUAUCCUAAUUGUUCAUACAACUGGCAUGCCACAUUCUCUCCAGAAACUCUUUCACCGCCUCAAUCAUCCUUUCAUUCGCCUCUCUACGCAGUCCCAGCAACAACACCAUCCACUCCUUUCCCGUCUUCUCCACUCUUUCAUUCCUAUCAUGCCCUAACUCAGUCAGUAUCACUUGCAUCAUCUCAUUCCUGUCUCUGGCAUACUUCACACACUUCAGCACCACAUGUUCAACCGUCUCAUCCUCUCCCAUGUCACACAUCUGGCACACUUUGCUGCGGGACUCAGACCACCUGUAACUCCUUGCAUUCACAUCCAUACACUGUGCCCUCGCUCAGAAGAGAAGAUCACCGCCCAGGCUUCCAUCAUACCACCUUUCAUACCUCGGGGCCUCUUUCUCCUUGUACCAUUCCAGGGUCUUCUUUCUUUCCAUCUCAUUCUUCCAUUCAUUCAGUCCCACACAUUUCACUUCUUUGUCUAUAUCAUUCUUCCAUUUUCUCGCAUCCCAUUCAGCUCCCACUCUGCCUCCUCUUGUUACCACCCAUUCACGCUCAUUUUGAUUCCUACCAGCCAUUCUUAUCGCCCACACAACUUGCAAUCCAUUCCUGUCUGUCAUUCUCAUGCAUCUCUUCCUCCAUUUGCUUCCACUUUCAUUCCACAGGUACACCUUCCUUGCUAUUCUUGCAUCAUCCAUUCUCUCAAGCCUAAUCUUGUACCUAAGUGUGGCUUUUGUCAGUCUUUCUCUGAAGGUGCUCCAUCCCAUGUCACCUCUCAAGACUUCAACUGCUGUGCACCUCGGUGCACUCAGUGCCAUCCUUGCUACUCUAUUCUGGCCCACUUCUAACUUAUCAAUUUCACUUUCAUUCCAUGCAAUCACAUCCAUACCAUACAUUAUACAUGGCACAGCCACACUCUUCCACACUUCUCUCAACACAUCAUACUUACUUGCUCUCAUCCUUGCCGCACUUCCCAAUCGACCUACCCACUGGUUUACCAUACUUAUCUUUUCAUUCUUUGCCUUUGCACACCCACUAGGACUCAUCCACAUCCUUAAGUACUUGUAUUCUUGCACCUGUCUCAACUCAUUCUCUCCAAGUCUCCAUACCACAUUACUUUCAUCCUCUGACCUAUUUACAAUCAUUACUUUGCUUUUCUCACUGCUAAACCUUACUCCAAAGUCUUUACCAUAGCCAUCCACUGCAUCCAACAAACUUUGAAGCUCAUCUGCCGAUUCACUCAUAACAAGUACAUCAUCUGCAUAAAGGAGCACACAUACUUUAUCAUUCCCCACACUUACCCCUACAUUCAUUCUUCUCAUCCUGGCUGCUAGCUCCUCUGUAUACAGGCUAAAAAGGGUUGGUGACAAUAUACAGCCCUGCCUAACUCCUCUCUCACUCUUCACCCAGUCUGUUUCUAUGUCUCCUAGCCUGUAUCUAGCUCUUGUGUCCACAUACAUACUUUGCACUAUGUUAACUAUCUUUGCACUCAAUCCAAUCUUUUCUAAGACUCUACCUAACAUUUCUCUGUUCACUCUAUCAUAAGCUUUCUCUAUAUCCAAAAAAACCUAGGUACAAUUUACCCCCAUCCUUCUUUUUCUUCUCAAUCAUUUCAUUCACCACAAACAUAUUGUCCUCAGCUCUCCUGUCCCUACGAAAACCAUUCUGUUCUUCACCCAGCACUCCAGCUGUCUCAAUCCAUUUACACAGUCUCUCAUUCAACACUGCACUGAAAACUUUACCUAUUGUAUUCACUAAUGCAAUUGGCCUGUAGUUCUUCAGCUCAUUCUUACUCUUAAAUCCUCCCUUAUGCAACAGACACACUCGGCUCUCAUUCAACUUUCUUGGCACUCUCUCUUCAUCCCACACUCGGUUGAAUAACUCAGUCAUUCUGUCUAUCACUACCUCCCCACCAUUCUUGUAGAACUCAUAGGGUAUAUCAUCUGGACCUGCUGCCUUGCCAUUCUUCUGCCUUCUCACACACCUCUCCACUUCAUCCCUACUGAUUCUUUCAUCCAGUUCAUCUGCAUUCUUCUCUCACACUAAACAUCUCACCUACCCCACCUACUUCUUCCCAGAACCCUUUGAUUGCCUCCCUGAUUCCAUCCUUCUCUGUUAUAACUACACCCUCCACUUUUAGACUCUCCACACCAACACUGCCUGACAUAUUCUCACCUCUCAUGAACUUGUACCAUUCACGGCCACCUUCCAUACCUUUCUCCCUUAAAGAUUGAAUCACGCUCCUUUCACUCUUCACUUUAGCAUUCAUUAUCAUUCGUCUUGUCAACCGCUGCAGCUUCACAUACGCUGCCCAUGCAUUCUGAUACUAAUUCUCUGCCUCAUCGCUUUCAUGCCUCUUUUUCCUCAGCCAUCUACACUGUCUACUCAUUCUCUUUUGCUCCUUCCUAGCCGCUCUGAUUUCAUCAUUCCACCAUGGUUUAUCCCUAUCUGGUUCUCAGCAGCACCCCUCACGUCCUCAACCAGUUUCUCAUUCAGAUGCUCCACGUCAUGCACACUUUCGUUGUCCCAGCUUCUCUCACUCAGAUCAACCUGAAAGUUCUCCCACCCUACAUCUCUCAGUCUCCACUCCUUUCUCUUACUUGCCACUUUCACUUCAUUCCCAUCCUGCAUCAAGCACUCCACAACGAGCAUGUUGUGAUCGGACACAAUAUCAACCAAACCAUCCUCAUCUAUCCACAUGUGCGAUACAAUUUCACGCAUUCUUCCAUUCACCAACAUGUAGUCAAUUGCCGAUUCCUGUUCUCUUGCACUCCAAGUCACACGCCCCUCAGCCAAAGUAACAUUCAGAUUUUCCAGCUCCAGUUCAUCAACAAACUCUCCAAGCAUUUCACCAUUCCUGUUCACCUGUUCCCCCAGUAUUCCCACAUGUGCAUUCAUGUCACCCAUAAUUAGCACUCUCUCCUCUCCAUGCUCUCUCACAACUUUCUUAAGUAUGUCAUACUUCCUCCUAUUUUCCCUCUCUGCUCUUUCACCCAUGACAGUCAUGUACGCUACCACCAGUACCACCUUCUCUGGUCUGCCACGACCAUCCAUGCAUUCCACUCUUACUGCAAGCACAUCCUCACUACUUGUACACUCCCCCACAUCAAUCUCCUCUACUUUCAGUCCUCUUUCUUUCUUGUAGAGUAGGGCUACGCCUCCCAGUGUUUCCUGUGCCUUACGCCCCUUUCCAAUCAUAACAUACUCGCAUCCCUCCAUUCGUACAUCAUCUCUCAGGUGAGUCUCAGUGAGCCCGACUAAGUCGAACCUCCACUCCCUGAGCUCCUUGCAUACAUCCUCAAACUUGUCCACACCCCAUCCUCUCACAUUCAUACAGCCAAUCUUCACACAUUUACUUGCCUGGUUAGUCUCUUUUCUUUCAUGUUUGCUGACAUCAGUGGUCAGUGGAUACAUAAAUCUUGAUCAUGAUUGAAAAACACUGCAAUGAAGACUGUUGCACUAUUUCAUGUUACACAAAAGUCCUCAGACCAGUAGUUCCCUACUAGGUAAAUAAUUCUUUAAAGUAAAAUAUGUUAAAACAUAUCUAGAGCACAUGCUACAAUGAAGUAAUGAGAAAAUUUUUUUUUUUUUUUUUUUUUUCUUUGUGUGUGUGUGUGUGUGUGUGUUUGUGAAACUUGGGUCUUCUUUCUUUUCUUUUAGUUGCAACAAAUGACUAAUUGAUAUGUUAGGAGUCUAGUAAAAUUCAAUAAAUUUG